AUCUUGAUGGAUCUCGAGUGGCCCUCUGGGGGCAGGAGGCAGAGGUCUUGAGCGUGUCUUGUCUGGGGAACUAAGAGCUGCAGCACUUUCAGAUUCAACCCACAUAAAACUGUCCUCCACGCUUCUGGGAGCCCAGGGAUGUGUGGCCCGCAAAGAGGCAAGAAGUGGUUGCCCCUGAUGGGCUCUCUCUAAGAAAAGCUGAAGAGGGGUGGCGUCUCCGCAGGACUGUCCCCGGAGAAGAGAAGGAAUGAGCGAGUUGUGAGUUUCAGAUUGUUGCUGCUGCACCCGACUUCUAGUGAGGCGCCUGGAAAGAAGAGGUCGACUCACCGGCCCACGGAUCCUGUCAGCACUCAGCAGGCCUGCUACUUGGGAGGAUCCCUGGAGAGAGCAAGAUGGUUGUCAACGGCACUGCCGAGUUGUUGGCCAACGUGACCUACAUCACCGUGGAGAUUCUCAUCGGGCUCUGUGCCAUCGUAGGCAAUGUGCUGGUCAUCUGGGUGGUCAAGUUGAACCCCAGCCUGCAGACCACCACCUUCUAUUUCAUUGUCUCCCUAGCCCUGGCUGACAUUGCCGUCGGGGUGCUGGUCAUGCCUUUGGCCAUUGUCAUCAGCCUGGGCAUCACAAUCCACUUUUAUAACUGCCUUUUCAUGACCUGCCUGCUGCUGAUCUUCACCCAUGCCUCCAUUAUGUCCUUGCUCGCCAUUGCUGUGGAUCGAUACCUGCGGGUCAAGCUCACGGUCAGAUACAAGAGGAUCACCACUCAUAGAAGAAUAUGGUUGGCCCUGGGCCUUUGCUGGCUGGUGUCAUUGCUGGUGGGACUGACCCCCAUGUUUGGCUGGAAUGUAAAAAUGACCUCGGAGGACAACAGAAAUGUCACCUUCCUUCGAUGCAAGUUUCGUGCUGUCAUGACGAUGGACUACAUGGUCUACUUCAGCUUCUUCACUUGGAUUUUAAUCCCCCUGGUUGUCAUGUGUGCCAUCUAUCUUGACAUAUUCUAUAUCAUCCGGAACAAACUCAAUCAGAGCUUUUCUAGCUCCAGAGAGCCAGGCAUAUUUUACGGACGGGAGUUCAAGACGGCCAAGUCUCUAUUUCUGGUUCUCUUCCUGUUUGCUUUGUCCUGGCUGCCUUUAUCCAUCAUCAACUGCAUCACCUACUUCCACGGUGAAGUACCAGAAAUUUUGCUGUACUUGGGCAUUUUGCUCUCCCACGCAAACUCCAUGAUGAACCCUAUUGUCUAUGCUUACAAAAUAAAGAAGUUCAAGGAAACCUAUGUGUUGAUCUUUAAAACCUGUAUGAUCUUCCAGUCCUCUGAUUCCUUGGACCCAAGUGCUAAUCAGACUUCCAAGUAGUGAUCCAUGAAAGACCACUCUUUAUCCCAUUGACCUUCGGAUUCAGGGCCAGUAAACACUUGAAGACCUAUCCACCUGAGCCAAGGGCUUCCGUGUCCUUAAUUCCUUCUACUGAGAUGGGGAGCAUUUGACUGGCUGCCUCCAGUUGUACCUCCCCGAACGCUCCUUUCUGUUACCCAAUUUUUUCCUUGUCUUCUCUGAUUUUAUGUUCUGGAUGCCUGAUUUGAGGAAAGUAUUCUACUGUUACUUCCCUUCAAUUUGGGAAGGAGAAGUCAAGGAAUCUGAAGGGCCCUUUGCUGACUUACUGACAAAAAGUUCUGAACUGGCUGGAUGUGCAUGGUGGGGACUCAGCUCCUCUCUGUCUUGGAACUAAGCAGAGAACCUGAUGCCGGCAGAUGCCCGGGAGACGGUGGGAACAGAGUUUAACAAAGGAGGACUUAAACUGCUGAAUUCACCAGUAUUUGAGUAAAUGUAUUUGAGUAAAUAAAAGAUGACAGCUAACUGUCAUGUAGCUCUCUGCUGAGGAUCAGGGCCACGAGGGGCUGGCAGACGCCAGCUGGCUGCUCACGGUGCUCAAGCUGCUUGCCGCGUGCCAUGUCCACCUGUCUGAACUCUGGGCCCCUCGUGCCUUGCCUAGAACACCCUGCUCCUUUUUCCUGGGCUGAUUGGAGCAUUUGCCAACUUCAUGAACCAUUCACCAAUUGUUACAGAAGGGUCCUAAGAGGCAGAAAAGAGACACAGGAUAGCUAUUAUUUGUUGAGCAUUUUUUAUGCACUACGUACUUUGCAUACAUCGAUCCUGACACUCUCUGGGGUAGGUACCACCACUGUUAUCAUCUUCACUGUGCGGAAGGAAAAUGGAGGAAUAGAGAGGCUAAAUAACGUUUCUAUAGUCACAUAGUGAACAAGUAGCAGAGCCAGAAUUUAAACUCAGCCCUGCUUUUUGGGAGAACCCCACUCCUCACCACCUGUUCUCAGACCCGAAGAGGGAUUUGUAACUUCUCCGAAGUCCAAACUCUCAAGCUCAUCCAAUGUACGAUUAGCAGACACAUGGAUACAAACUACAGUUUGCAUGCUCGAGCACAGCUGUAUUAGGGGGGUUUUGCCUUAGAUACCAUCACUGAUCUCUAAUUAAUCAGGACACCAGGCAGGGAUAGAGUUCCAGUCACACCCUGCAAGCACUGAGCGUGGCUUUGGAGAUUCAAGGGCGCAUCUCUCUGGGUGGGUCUAUGCACGUUUGUAGCUGUGGACUUUCCCCACACAUCGAAUAAAUAAACUUGAUGAGAGCAGCAAGAUGGGAUUUCAAUUAAACCACUUCAAAAAGGAUA